ACGGGAUCUCGAAAACGGUGGCUGCGGCUACUGUGUCGAUGUCGGUGUCAUCUCUGGUGCUUGAUUGAUCGGCAUUGUGACAGUGUCGGUCCAGUGAAUUGGGUAUAUGUUGAAGGACGUAUCUAGCUGAGCUGUUGUUGUAGUAGACGCAAUUCAGCGCUCUUUAUAUUUUGAGGCAAAAGAUACAAAAUUAAUCAUUUACAAUGGCUGAAUAUGUGGAAUUUCGUGCGGAGGAAAUGAUUAAAGAACUUGAACAAAUGGAGAAACUUCAAUUGUUCGACAAAUCGGAAAUUAGGCAAAUUAUAAAGAAAAGGAAAGAUUUUGAGUACAAACUGAUGAGGAGAACCAAAUGCAAAGAAGAUUUUCUUCGAUACAUACAAUAUGAAAUGGAUGUAAUGAAACUGGUCAAAAUUCGGAAAGAGACCCUGGGUAUCAACCAGAACAACAUUGACUACUUAGUGGCUCGUCGCAUAGAUAAUGUAUUUAAGGGAGCACUCCACAGAUUUGGUGAUGAUAUUAGACUAUGGCUUUCAUACAUUAAAUUUUGCAAAAGAGUGCAUUUCUACGCUUCAGUUAGCCGCAUGCUGGUAAAAAUGGUGCAGGUACACAGUGAUAAACCUCAGAUGUGGAAACUUGCUGCUCGUUGGGAAUUCGAAGAGAGUAAUUCCGUGGAGAGUGCCCGGCAGUUUCUUCUCCGAGGCCUCAGAUUUCACCCGGACUCAAAACUUCUAUACACAGAGGCAUUUCAUUUGGAACUUGCUUAUGUUAAAAAAUUGCGAGCUGAGCUGGACCAGAAAAAAGAAAAGGAAGCAUCGGCAGCUGCCACAGAUGCUCCUUCAACUGUGAGUGGAGAUGCGCAGAGUGCAGCAGACACCUCCAAAAUAUCCACAACACAGCAGUUCCAAGAUGAGGCAAUUGAUGAGGUUCUUGAUGGACGACUUGCAGAGGUCAUCUACGAAUCUGCAGUAAAGAAAGUGAAUGAAGUUUCUUUCAUUAUUGGUCUCCUAGCUGUGGCAAAAGAAUUUGACUUCACAAAUAGACUUCAGAUGAAAAUCAUCAAUGACAUGCUGACACGUUACCCAAAUGACGAACUCACUUGGGAUGCCAUGGCCCGCCGAGAAUUGCAGGGGCUGCCGUAUUCGACAGACGAUGCCUCGAGCACUGAGCGCGAGCGCUCCGCACCGGAGCAGGACGCCCCUGAUGAUGGCGCCACAGAAACGCGGGAUGAGCAUGCUGGCAACAAGAAACUUCUGGAGUCUAAAGGUCUAAGUGGGAAACUCUGCUUGAAGGAAAGAAUAAGACGUUGUGUCGCCGUGUAUGAUGCUGCCGUAAAACAACUGCCGACAGAGCGUAUGUGGUCUCUGUACAUAGAAACAAUGCAGGAACUCGCUCAGGAGGCGACUCCUUUGCCGACUUUCAAGCGGAAAAUGCUGCGUAAUGCUUACCAGGGUGCACACAGUGCUGGAAGAAUGCAGACAAAAUACUAUCUUAUGUGGGUGGACAUGCUGCAGUCAGCCGGUAAGUUGAAGAAGCUGUGUGGCGUGCUGCGCGUGGCAACAGAGCGCCUGCCCCUGAGUGCGGAGCUGUGGCACCUCCGCCUGCGGCUGCACUUGGCGCGCAACGAGGAGGACCAGGCGAUCGCAGUGUUCCGCGAUGCGGUCAGCCACUUGGGCACACGCGAGGCGGCGGCCUUGCCACUCUGGAAGGUGCUGCUGCAGUACUACCAGACCAAGAGCAUGGCGCGCGUCGAGGAGGUGUUCCAGAAUGCUGUGUCCCAGCAGGACAGCCCUGUCGCUGUCGCCCUCAAGCCACUGUACCUCGAGUGGCUGGUGCUGGUCAAAGGAAUUGUGGCAGCUCGCAAGAUGUAUGAAAAGUUGAGUGUGCAGCCUCCAUUGUGCCUCGAAAUGCACAGCAAGAUGGCUGCAUUGGAGUGCAGGGUCCCAGAGGUCAACUUCAAGCAUGUCCGCCGCUGCUAUGAGCUCGCCUGUGAGCAGUUUGGAAAAAACAAUACAGAUGUCUGGAUGGAUUACGUUAAAUUUGAACAGAAACUUGGUGAAGCAAAGAAUGUGAGUGAGAUAUAUUGGCGAGCAUUGAAGAAUUUGGAUCCGAAGCACACGGAUGCAUUCAUCAGUGAAUUCAGUCUCGUGAAGACUGGAAUGGCGGGCCAGAAUGCUGCUACUUCUUCUGUCGCUCUGUAGAGGGGCUUUUUUUUAUCUGUGUACGUCACUGUAGUGUAGUCAUAUUGAGAUUUAUUUCCCUGUUUAUCUCUCAAAUGCAAAAUGAUUAGACGUUUUGCAAUUUUUGCUGAUUGUUAAUUUCCUUAGCAUUGUAACCAUGUUGCUUAGCUUCUUUUUUAACUAUCAAGUAAUCAAUGAUGCACAUUUUUUUCUACAUAUUCAUUUUUAAAGAUAAAUACGUAUUAAUUCUGUGAAAUAUGUAACACAGUUUGUAUGAUCUAACUGUGAUGUGAAAAAUAUUUUUUGUUGCGCCAAUGAAAGCAUGCACAAUUAUUUCAAAAUAAUGUGAAUUACAUUAAAUUAGAAUAGGAUAAAUCUACCUGAUAAUUGCAGAAACUGGAACAAAUGGGGUAGUAUUGACAUAUAUGCAAAACAGGUGAAGGUAACAGAUCUUGGGCUUCCAGGGUAGGAAUCUUCUUCCGUUGGUAAAGUCCUGAUCAAGAAUUACUGCUUGUGUUCCAGUAUAUCCACUUCUUGAAAUUCUGGUUUUUUUCUGUCUUUUGUUAAGAAAAAUAUGGGAAUAAUAAGUGCUGUAUCUUGUGUGUGUAUGACAUAGUAAUGUAUGGAAAAUUCUGAACUAAUUCACCUCUUUAGAUUUUUCAUUAUUCAUAUUACAAAAUAUGAAGUCUUAAGGUGUGAAAUGUUCCUUUAUCAUGAAUGGCGCUAAUGAGAGAUAUAUGACUAUACAGAUUUUUGAAGGUAGUGAAGAGUGGCAGUAGAUGGCCUGUCUGAAACUGUACAUGGCCCUCCUACUGCAAUGGAAUUGAGCAUUAUCAUCAGUGGUAGUGGGAAGCAUCAUUCUCGUUACAGCAGACACAAUUAAUGUAAUCGAGUCAGAAGAUAUGUAGUCCAUUUUGGGCUAAUGCACUGCCAUUGGUUAGUGCCAAAUGAUGUCAUAAGUAAGACACUAGUAACCUUGAUGCAAGUUCUCUAUUGUGAUUGAUAUAUACGACUUUACAGAUUUUUGAAGGUAGUAAAGAGUGGCAGUAGAUGGCCUGUCUGAAACUAGACAUGACCCCCUACUGCAAUGGAAUUGACCAUUAUUAUCAGUGAUAGUGGAAAACGUCAUUCUCGUGACAGCAGACACAAUUAAUGGAAUAGAGUCAGAAGAUAUGUAAUCCAUUUUGGGCCAAUGCACUGCCAUUGGCUAGUGCCCCAUGAUGUCAUAAGUAAGACACUAGUAACAUUGACCCAAGUUCUCUAUUGUGAUUGAUUGAGGUGACACAGUGAAUAAUGCACUGGACUUUCCAACAGAGUUCAUAUCCUAGCCCAUCUGUGCAGAUUUAUGUUUUUGGUAGUGCCUCAAAAUCUGUUCAGAAAAAUGUUAGAAUUAAUCUUUUGAAAAAUACUCAGCUGAUUUUCCUUCUCUGCCUUGAUCUAUUCAAACGUGUUCCCCAUCUUGGAUGAUGUCCUUGCUAGGUUUGCUAUAUUUUUAGAUUAUCACUUGUCUUUUGUUCAUUGUUUAAAGUGCUGUAUAGUAACAGGAGAAAGCAGCAGGAAAAUUGGCUAGUUUUACAUUGUCAUUUAGUUCAUAUUUAAAUUUAUGUACCAUACUAAUGUUUUGCUACUGGUAUAGACACACACUGAAAUGAAACAGCAGGCAUCUUAUCUACCAAUGUUAGGGAGAGGUAUUUAAUCUGUGGUUGCCAAAGGAGACACAUACUUGGACUGGCAUCUUACGUAGAUGAAAUUUUUUGUACACACGUACAAGGAAAUCAUCAUAUCCUAUUAUUACAUAGAAAUGUUCCAAAAGAACAGACACAAUUUCUGUAUAAUAUAUACACGCCAAAUGGCGUUAAGAUGUUUCAGUGUGGAUGCACAGUAGUAUCCAACACUUGCAACAAUACAGUCCAAUUGUGAGCAAGUGAAUUAAUGGAUAGGGAGAGGUACUCCAUAGCGUGUAGCGUAUGGAGAUGUGGGUCUGACUGGGGAUGUGGUCAGUUAAGGUGGCCGCCGAUGGAAAGGUUUGACUUCUGGUUUGGCCCAAAUUUUCAUCUGCUGCUAUUGAGUUCGCUCAAUGCUCCAAUGCCACCAAAUGUCAGAGAUUUCUUCUGUCAUUUAUUAUAUCCUACAUUUGUGUGCAUUUCAAAUGUUUGGGUAAUGUCAUUGUUUCCAGCUCACCUUUUUGUACUUUGAAAUGCUUUCCCUGUGACAAGCUACAAAACUAAAAGUAACCUCUAAUUCUGUUGUCACUGUCAGUCAUUCAUGUAAUUAAUAUGCGAGUGCUCCAGUAAAAACAAAAAAUUUACCUAAGUGUUGUUUUUUUCAGAAGGCUGACAAUUUCCUUUUACAUUUCUAUUUAUAUUCUAAUAUUCUUGUAGUUCACCUCCUCAUAUCUCGUUUUUACUAUUCGUUUCAAGAGCUUUCUUGUUAUGAUGUAAACCCAGUUUAUUGGGUGAUUCUCCCAUAGCUUCAGGCCUUCACCAAAUAUUUGAGCACCUGUACCCAUGGGUGUUUAUUUCAUUGAAUUUUUGAUUGCCUACCUAAUUAAAGCUUUUAAACUGUUUCACUGUGCUUCUAAUUAAAACUGAAUGAUGCACAUAUUCAUGUGCAAUGUUCAUAAUGCACUUUUUGUGCUCAAAUUUUGUAUUGAGACAGCACUCAGAUGUGCAAUGUGUAUGUUACAGUUCAAAAGGCAAAAAUAUUAAGCCGCUGUGUGCAGUUGCGAGUAGCAUUGUGCUUGUCUGAUUAACAGGGUUUUAUGUUAGGCAUCACAAAGUUCACAUACAGUCCAACUGGGUGUGUGAAAAUGAUGCCACGAAUUCAUUUAUUAUAGCAACUGCAUGGCUGCAGUCCAUCACGCCACAGUACAGUUCUGAAAUUGAACACUCAGCAUUGUUCCUCCAGUGCUGAUGCUACAUUUAUCAUCUUUUGAGUCAAUAAAUCUGGCAAAACACAAUUAGUGCCACAUAAAAUUAAAUUUACAUCAAACUGGCUACUUCAGUAUGUGCUGUUUGGUGACAUAGUUCACCCCACAUAUUGCUACUUUGUUAGCAGUACAAUGUGUGACACACAGAUCUGGGCCAAAUGAAGUUGGAUUUAAAAAUUGUUCCUGCAUAAAUCUAUUGUUUGAGGAAAUUUGGACUGUUGGCAGGUUGCAAGGAUCAAUGGUAACUGAUAUAAAACUUCUGACAUAGAACAUCAUGGUUGCAAAGCAGAUGUGAAAGAAACUCUGAAUUGGGAAGAUACAAAAAUUAGGUAGAUUAACGAUAAUUUUGCUGAUUGAAGAGUGGACUUGCAGAAAAUUGAGUCAAAUGGAGAAGGGGACACUUUUUUUUUUUGUCAAAGCUUCAGGUAUGUAAUGAUGCGUAAAGUCCUUGGACAUAUGCUGCUGAUUCUCUCUCCCCUCAGGGGAAAUUUUGGACUUGUGGAGAGAAAGUGCUCUGAUAUCUUCCUUUCACUGUCACCACAGGUGAAUACCAACAAUUAUUUGACACUGUUGUGAACGGAAGUUACAAAUCUGAGUCUCAGUGGCAUCAAGAUUGAUUCAGAUAUUGUGUGGUAAGUUAAUUAUGUUUAAGUAUGCAUUAUAUUUAAGAGUGAGCAGGAUUGUGAGGUAUUUGCUCGUAAGAGGCAAAACAUUCUGGAAUUCAGCUGUGCGUUGGUGUAGUUAAAUUUGGAGAGCAGUGCAACGUUCACCUAUAAAAGUGAAAACUAUGUAAAACCUGCUGAAGCUUUGUAGUGCAGAACGAAAAUGUCUGAUAAAAUAUAACUUUAGGAGAAACUGAUUUGUUUAACUUUAAAUAGCUUUAUAGUUAAUUAUACUAUGUGUAUAAGUGUUCUUUGAUGGUGUCCUUCACUUCCUCUUGAUGUGCUUAUUACUGUGAACUUUCAGUUUGCAACAUAUGAAAGUGAUCUAGUGUAGAACAACAGCCUUGUGUUGGACAAGUACUAAGUGCAUGUUUCAGUGCACAAUUUCUGACUUUCAUUUCAAUUUGUUUUAAAUAUCCAUGAGAAUAACUAGGUAGUUUCACUACGACAGCUGUGGUUGUUAUUUACACAUCUCAAGCUAGUGAUCUGCCUCUGAUGAUGACCAUCUCUUAGUGCUUCUUACAAGGGAAACUUCCCAUCCUACCCCCUCUGAUUUAGUGAUAAAAUGGCCCAGGGGAUAGCUCGUUAAAAAUUGAAUGUAGAUCUAACAUUAAAACUGGAAGAAGGUAUACUGAACUGCAAAAAAAGAUACAGUGGACGGUCCAAGCUUAAGAUGCGCAACAUCAAGCAAGUUGCAAGCACCAUGGAAUCAUGGUUGCGUCAUCACAAUGUUGGACUGCAAAGCUGGAGAUGAGUGUUCAAAUCUCACUCAUGCCCCCCCCCCCCCCCUUCCCAAUGACAAAUUUUGAAAUGUCCAUCCGGUUAUUGACAUGUCUGUUCUCUUUCUGUAGCCUUGGCAAUUGUCAAGCUGUAUGUUGGUCAUAGGAUAUGAGUCAUACGGCGGUAAGAAUAUAUUACUGUUGCAAGUAAAUGUGAUGAAAAGUGAGCGCAGGCAAGAUGAUGCAUAGACCUCUCACAGAAAUGAAAACAACAAAUACAGGGUUAUUAACUAUGUUACAAAAAAGGAACUUGCGAGUUAAAACUCCAAAACAGAGCGCAAGAGUCAUAACAUGUGGUACUUGCGUAGAACAAAGAGGAGGUACGUAUGUCUGAGGGUCCCUUCUUUACACCUCGCCGUUGCAGACGGGUGUUACACCACAACACAGACACAAAUUUGAAUUCAGAUAUGUCAAUGACUGGGCGCACAGUUCAUAAUUUUGUGUUGGAGGGGAAUGCAGCACGAGGGUGCGGAAUGCAGCACGAGGCAGAUUUGAAAAGGAUCUUCGCCUUCACAAUCCAACAACGUGACCACGUAAACACGUUGUCAUUUUUAUUUAAAUUUGCUCAAUGUUGCACAUUUUGAGCUUGGACCAUUCGCCCUUCUUCUUGUUUUCAUGCUCGACAUGUAUUCAGUUUUUGACGGGCUAUCCACUGGACCAUCUUAUCACUAAAUCUGAGGCGGUUGCAAUGGGAAGUUUCCCUUGUCAGCACCUUAGCAAAUGGAAUUUCUUCCAUGCAUUAUAAUCUAUUGACAUCCUUUUCAUAAUCAUUUUUAGAAGCUGAUUGAUAUGUAUUUUAUUACUUAAGUCAAUUGCUACUUUCGUUCACUGCAUGUUUCACAUGCCUGAUGGAUCUUCAUUUAAAAUUCCUGCUUUGUUUACAUUUCCCUUUUAUUUUGUGACCCGGCAGAUAUUUAUGCAUGUCAGCAGAUUCUUUUGGAGUAUUUCUUUUUCUUUUUUCCAUUAGAGGGAUAAAAAAUACUGAAGAACAUAAACAUUGUAAUGAUGUGCUACCAACACUGUUUCUGUUGUUUUCCACACAAAUUUUCUUUUGUUUUUGUGUAUCCUGAAAUUAAAUUUGACUCUUGGUGGAGUGGUAUUCAUCCAGUAGUUUCUGAAUAUUCUCUGUCAUAUUUUCACGUGUUUUAUCUCUAUCCUUGUAGUAAUAUAAUAUUUCUCUUUGUGUACACCGUUUUCAACAAGCAAGUUAGCUUUAAACUUGCUACUUUUGAAGAACCAAAUCAGAAAAGUUCCUCAGAGGUUUUCAGACACUUGCUUCAGAAUGUUUCUAAAGCCUUACUAUAUGUUAAAAUCAGGUGAAUUUAUAGAGAAAUGCUGAAUGUGCCAUAUCAUUUCUUAAACUUAUUGUGCUUAGCUUAGUGGUGUAUGUUAUUCAAGGUGUAUUGAUGUUUAGUAGUCUCAGUGUUAAAUCUUGAACAAAAACUGUGGUCCUCUUAUUCGAUGUGGUUAUUUUGUUGUCUAAAGCCCACCAAAGUGUGACAAUCUGUAAGUAUGCUAUUGGGUCUUGGGAUAUAGCUCUUCAGAUUGUAAGAGGUGGUUUUAUCUGCGAGCCCUUUGUUUUUGCAUUUACACGAUAAGAUUGGAUGUUGUUAUUAUCAUACAUUCACCUCCCCCCUUUUCCUCUCCUCUCUCUCUCUCUCUCUCUCUCUCUCUCUCUGUGUGUGUGUGUGUGUGUGUGUGUGUGUGUGUGUGUGUGUGUGUGUGUGUGUGUUUUGGUGCAUGCUAGGUUGGAGCCUAAGUUUCAACUAAGCCAUCUAUCUUUUUAGAAGACUUUAAACGGUAACAGAGCACUUAUUUGUGUUUUUGUUCUUGGAUUAUUGGUGUUAGCUGUUCAGGUGUAUUGAUGUUCAAUUGUCUGUGUUAUACCUCAAAUAACUAUGGACCUCAUAUUGUCUGUGGUUAUACUAAAUGUGUAAAGCCCACCAAUCCGUCAUUGAACUAUUGGGCGCUGGGAUGUAGCUCUUCAGACUGUCCACAAGCUCUUUGUUUUUACAUUUCCACAAUAAGAUUGCAUGUUGAUAUUGUCACCACACAUCCCCCCCCCCCCUCCCGCACCUCUCCCUCUCUCCCUCUCUCCCUCUCUCCCUCUCUCCCUCUCUCACUCUCUCUCUCUCUCUCUCUCUCUCUCUCUCUCUCUCUCUCUCUCUCUCUCUCUCUCUGUGUGUGUGUGACCGAGCGAGGUGGGCAGUGGUUAACACACUGGACUCACUUUGGGAGUAUGAUGGUUUAAACAUGCACCUGUCAAUCCUGAUUUAGGUUUUCUGUGAUUACCCUAAAUCAGUUCAGACAACUGCAGAGAUGAUACCUUUGAAAGGGCACGGUUGACUUCCUUCCCCCUCCUUCCCUAAUCUGAUGGAACCAAUGACCUUGCUGUUUGGUCCCCUCCCCCAAAUCAGCCAACCAGUCUCCCCCCCCCCCCCCCUCUCUCUCUCUCUCUCUCUCUCCUCUGUCUCUCUCUCUCUCUCUCUCUCUUUCUGUCCCUUUGUUUGUUUGUGUGCGUGUAUGUGUGCGCUUGUGCUUGUGUAUUUUUGCUGAAUGCUGGGUUGGAGCAUGGAUUCCACCUAAGUCGUCUUCUUCAAACAGAUUAGAUGAUAACAGACCUAUUAUUUGUCUUUCUGUGCCUAGCUUAGUGGUAUACAUUAUUCAGGUCUAGUAGACUUUGUUAAACCUUGAACUACAGGCAACUGUGACCCUUUUAUUCCUCGUGGUUGUUUUCAUGCAUAAAGCCUAUCAAAGCACACCAGUUUCUCAGUGAACCAUUGGGUGUUGGGAUGUAGCUCUUCAGAAUGUAAGAGGUGGUUUUAGUCAUGAGCUCUUUGUUCCUGCAUUUACACAGUAAGACUGUCUCUCUCUCUCUCUCUCUCUCUCUCUCUCUCUCUCUAUCUAUCCAUCUAUCCAUCUAUCUCUCUCUCUGUCUGUUUGUAUCUCUUCUGUGUGUGUGUGUGUGUGUGUGUGUGUGUGUGUGUGUGUGUGUGUGUGUGUGUGUGGGUGGGUGGGUGCGCGCGCGCGUGCACACACACACACACACACACCUGCAUGUCCUGUCCUGGCUGUCGUAUCUUUCACACACUGUUACACAGGAUAAGCUACUGUAAAAAUGUUUAUUCCUCCAAAAUUUGCUUAUACAUGAUAAUUAUGUGCAUUUUAAAUAUUAUGUAUGUGUGUUACUAAGUAAUUGUUGAUAUGCAGUCAUUCCAUAAAGACUGUUAUUUAAUUGAUGUUUAGAGCUUAAAUGUGUCAUAAUAAUGCUCUUUGUAUGAGGGUCAGUCAAAAAGUAAUGCCCCCUUUUUCUCCCUCCAAAUUCACUUUUCAGUAUAAUCUGUAUCCAUUUGCCCAGACUUGACAUGUAUUGUGCAGUGUGUUGAAACACACGGUCCUGCUUCUGAAGCCAUUAAUGCAUGGAUUCUUCUUCAGUGAGUUUCUGUGAUACAGUUCCAUUUAUCUCUCUGACCUCUUUGAUUCUAUGAUUGCUGUCACACUGUGUUUCUCCAGGGGGGAGUAAUGUGACACAAAUGACCUGUGGUCACCCAGUGGUCACCACGAAUGAUGUCAUCAACUCGCUAAAUGUUGUGUGGACUCACCGACCUGCUGGUCAACAUUUCGUCAAAUUUUUCAUUUAACAGGCUUUAUAUAAGGAGGUCAAAUUGUAGGAGGCUUUGUUUUUUGACUAACCCUCAUAGUAUAGAUAAUGAAUAUAUUCUGAAUUUGUAUAACAAUUAUAAUCAUAGAUAGUAUUUAGAGAAAAUUGUUAGGCAGUAUUUAUUUCUUGUUGUUUAUGUGCUGAAAUGUUUCUGUCGCUUCACUGAAUGUAUCUACAGCUGUAAAAGUUUUAUCUGUUCAUGUAUGUUACAAAUAAAGACCCUCAUGUAGUCCAA